UAUUCAAACCCCCAGAUCUUUUAUGUUCUCUUGCACACACAUAAACACACUCGUACAGCGCUCUCUGUCUUUCUGCACUCCCCUCAGCUGAACUAACACUUUCAUCUUAGUUCGCCGGAUCAUUUAGGAUGGUGUCUCCUGCUAUCGCUCUGGCCUUCCUCCCCCUCCUGCUGACACUUCUCAUCAGGUACCGUUACUACUUUGUGCUCUUCUAUCGGGCGGUCCUGGUCAGGAUAUGGAAGGACUGUGUUACCGGUCUGAGCAGAGAGGAGCGAGUCUUCCAGUAUGUUCUCACUCAUGCCACCCCUGGAGACCCUGACAGCAUCCUGGAUGCUUUCGAUGACUGGUGCAGCAAGGUGGAGUACAUCAGCAACAUCGGGCCUAAAAAAGGGAAGAUCCUGGACCGGCUGCUGAUGGAGCAGAGCCCUCUCACAGUGCUGGAGCUGGGGGCCCACUGUGGGUACAGCACUGUACGGAUCGCCCGAGCUCUUCCCCUGGGUGCAAGGCUCUACAGCUUAGAGAUGGACCAGAGGAAUGCUGCCAUCACUGAGAAAGUCAUCCGCCUGGCAGGUUUUGAUGAUGACACGGUGGAACUCAUUGUCGAUCCAUCUGAUGAGGUUAUCCCUCGGCUGCGUUCUGAAUAUGGUUUGGAAAGGCUGGAUUUUGUCUUCAUGGAUCACUGGAAGAAAUGCUAUGCUCCAGAUUUACAGAUGCUGGAGGGCUCUGGCCUUCUGGGUAAAGGGACCAUGAUUGUUGCUGACAAUGUGUUGUUCCCCGGGGCUCCAAAGUUUCUGAGACACAUUCGCAAGAGCGGUCUGUACAAAUGGAAGGUCCACCGGGCCACGCUGGAGUACAGCAAAGGCAUCAGAGACGGGAUGGCCGAGCUGGUGUAUGAGGGUAUCAAGUAGAUCCUGCCAGCUGGGGUAUCACAUUAUAUGAAACCGGUUCCGAUUUCAGAAGUGACAAGGGAUGAAUUAAUCAUGUUCAAACUACUUUUUUUUUUUUUUUAAAGCAAACUUUGAAAAAGUGUUCCCUGAAAAGUUCCAUUAAUGUAUUCUCCAUUUGCACUUGAUCCAACUCAUAGAACUGCAUGAUUGUAUUUGACUGUCACACAAUACUGAUCUCAAUGAAGAAACAAGAUCCACAUGUUUAGUCCUUUUUGUUCGUUUGAUUUUUGUUGUUCCUCACAAUCCCUGUCAUGGGAUUGUUACACAUA